AUGGUAUUUUCCUCUUCUUCUUUUUUUGUAGCAAGGAUCAAAGUUCACGAAUUAAGGCAGAAAUCCAAGGCUGAUCUUUUGGGUCAGUUGAAGGAUCUCAAAACUGAACUCGCUCUCCUCCGUGUUGCUAAAGUCACUGGCGGUGCCCCCAACAAGCUCUCUAAAAUAAAGGUGGUAAGGCUGUCAGUAGCACAGGUGUUGACGGUGAUAUCGCAGAGGCAGAAGUCAGCACUAAGGGAAGCAUACAAGAAUAAGAAGUACUUGCCUCUUGACCUUCGUCCCAAGAAGACCAGAGCCAUCCGUAGACGUCUUACAAAGCACCAAGCAUCUUUGAAGACGGAAAGAGAGAAGAAGAAAGAGAUGUACUAUCCAUUGAGAAAGUAUGCUAUUAAGGUUUAAAUAUCCGACUUAGAUAGUCAUUGUGAUGUUAGAACUAGUACGAGCUGAGCAAAGCAGAGUUACAUUUUCGCUACUGAGUAGUUAUAUUUUCCAUCGUCAUUCCUGUCAUUGUAUUGUGAAGCGGAAACUUUUGUUUAUUUUCUCAUGUUUCAGUGAAGGUUCUUCAGUUUUUACAAGUAUAAUGUUCAUGUCAAAAUA